AUGGCUGAAACGAAUAUACCACUUCGUGUGAUUGUUCAACCUAAAGCAUUUCAUCGUGAAAGAUAUUCAUGUGAAAUAGAUCGAAGUCGUAAUCGAUCACAGCGUUUUAUUCGUGCUGAAUCUAAUCCACAUCAUUUGGACUACCCAACAAUCGAAAUACCAAAUCACUGGAAUAGCCAAACGUUAUAUAUUCGUGUAACUUUAGUAACCGUUAGAAGCGAACAAGUUCCUGUGACAUGCAUACAUCCUUAUUCAAUUGAUGCUUCGGAAUUAAAUGUUAUUAAAGACUUGGAAAGAAAUACACUUUAUUUUCCAAUAUCAGAACAAGAAUUACAUAGUGGUCAUGAAAAAGAUAUUAUACGUGUAGAUGAUCUACAUGAUGCUCGAAAAAUAAUUGAGGCUUAUCAAUUAGGAAAAUCACAAUUACUUUUUUCUCUAGCUGAACUAUUUGAUAAUGAUCCAUUACCAGUUAUCUAUGAUGUAACAUCCGUAUAUUCUUGUAUAAUGACUGCUACUGCAGCAAUGCCUAUAAAUAAUGAGGAGUUGAAUGUUAGAUGUUCACCAAAAAAAGGUUGUUGGGAAGGUGGUGAUGAUAUAUUGAUGUUUGUUCCAAAAAUUGAUAAGAGAAAAGUAUGUCAGGUACAUUUUGAAAAUUUGUCAUCAAAUAUAAAAAUUCCGAUUCCUUUCAAAUUUGUGGAUAUGAAAACAAUUGCAUUCAAAACUCCACCAUGUCCUGUACAAGCAACAGGAAAUGAAAGAAUAGAAAUUCCUCUAGUUGUUAGUCAAAGUGGUGAAGAAAUUGCGCGUAUUAACUUUCUUUAUCAAUCUUGUGAUACAUGUUCAAAUUGUGAUGUUAAUUCUAUGUUCGAUUCUUCCGAUUCAUUAAACGCUGAUGAACAAACUUCACCGUUAGAUAUGUGUUUAGAUAAUAAUGAUACUUCUAUAUUCAUUUUAGAUUGUAAUAAAAUUUCUGCAGAAGAUGUAGAUUUCGAUGAAAAAAAAUGGGAAACUUUAAUUAAUUCUGAUGAAGUAUUUACUCAACAAUUUUCAAAAUCAAUCAAUACAACAGAUCCUUCAAAUUUAAAUAUAAAUAAAAAAGAUAUUGUAAAAUUAUCAGUAAAUAGUUUAAAAAUAACAACCUUUAUUAACAGCAAUAAAUUUAUUCAUACUGGGCGAUCAAUGACGAUUUUUAUUCCACCUUGUUCUAAUCAACGUGUUCGAUAUGAAAAUGAAUGUGAAAAAAUACUUCGUUAUCUUUCUGUUCCAAAUAAAAGAACUAUGACGAUAGAAAUUCCUGAUCUUCGUGAUAUAUUUGCUAUUAGUGAUACGAUUUGGAUACGUAUAACACGUACAACCAUUGAUCAUCGAAACGAUCAUCUUAUUUUUUAUCAUCCAUAUCCAACAUGGAUUAAAGAUAGAAAUGCUCGAAUUCAUAAUGGCUCGAUUUUUCUUCAGAUAACUGAUAGAGAUAUGAAAAAUGGUUUUAUAGAAAUUGAUACUUUAGCAUUAAUUAGACUGAAACAAGAUGAUUUAGCUAAAAUAAAUACAUUAGGAAUUUAUUCACGAACUCAACUUAAUUUCUUGGUUUUUCAUCAUACAUACGAUGAUGAUGAAUUCAAUCGUCUUCCAACAGGAAUAUCAUUAUAUUCUAUUUCUCAAGUGCCAAAUAAUGAACAUCAUAAUGAUGUCGAUAGUAAUUUAUUAGAACCAUUGAAUGAAUUAUCACCUACAAGUAGUACCGAUGAAUUCAUCAAGAAAAUUUUGGAUUCAGAUGCACCAUCACCAUUCACAUUUUUAUAUGAUCUUGAUGAAUCAUUAUUUCCCGGUUAUGAAUUCGAUGAAAAUCAAAUAGAAGAUACUUUUGAAGGUCUACCCAAUGAGGCUACAACUACAACAGCAACCAUCAAUGCUGAAAAUAAUAAUGGCAAUUUUGUUAAUGGUACAUCAUCAGAAUCGAUUUCAAACGAACAUGAAAAUCUUAAACCUGAUGAUAACAAAAGUGUCUUAAAACAAUCUUCUGAUGAUAUAAGUCUUCAAAUGAUUGAUAAUUCUAUUGAACAACGAACAAUGAUUUUCGAAAGUCAACCACCAGCUUCCAUUCGUUAUCGUUAUGGAAGUGACGGAAAACGUCAAAUAGACAAAUCUCGUACUAAACCAUCGAUUGUUAAAUUACCACCAGGUUUAAAAGACAUAAAAUUAAAUUCUAAUCAAUCUUUUGGACUUCGACUUGGUUUGAUUACAUAUAGUGAAAAUCUAUUAGAUGAAAUAAAUUUUCAUGUUAAUAAAUUAGAAUAUCAUUCUAAUGAUGUACAUAAAUUUAAUGAUAACACUGUUGGUAUUCUUUUAACGCCAAGAAAUAUCGAAGAAGAAAGAAUAGUACUUUCACGACAAUCAAUAGUCAAAACAACAUUGAAUAAUUACAAACCAAAAUUAAUUCCGCUUUGUCUAACAGGAAUUCCUAAUGAUCCAAAUGAAAAUAUGAAUGAAAAAAUAUCGGUACGAGAAGCUAAAGAGAUGUAUAAAAAAUUUAAUUUGAAAGCUAGUCGAAUUAUAUGUCAAUUAGUCAUUAAACAAAAUGAUUUAUGGCAUUUUACUAAUAUUAAAUGUGAAACACAAGUUAUACAAGACAAAGAUCAGAAAAGCAAAACACAAAAACGAUCAGCAAAAACAACAGAGAGUGAUGAAGAUGAAUUAUUAGAUGAAUGUCCAAGCGCAUCAAAACCAAAAUCAAAACCAAAAUCAAAAUCAACUAAACGAAAGAAACGUUCCGCUUAA